AUGUCCCUCCUCCGCCCCCUCGCCCGCGCGGCCCUCCGCCCCGCUACCACCCCCCUUAGAGCUUUCUCUACCACCACGACCCGGUUCAUCAAGCCGGGCCAGCCCCUCCCCGACGUCGGCGCCAUCCUCCACGAGUCCUCCCCCGGCAACAAGGUCAACCUCGCCGAUGAAGCCUCCAAGCUCAACAAGAUGAUCCUCAUCGGUGUCCCCGCCGCGUUCUCGCCAGCCUGCUCGGCGACGCAUGUGCCUGGGUUUCUGGCCCACCCCAAGGCGGAGGAGUAUGACCAGGUGGCGGUGGUGAGCGUGAAUGAUGUUUUUGUGAUGAAGGCUUGGGGGGAUGUGUUGAAUCCCGAGGGGAAGGAGAACGUGCGCUUCCUGGCUGAUCCGUCUGGCGAGUUCACCAAGGCGCUUGAUAUGUUGUGGGAUGGAAAGGCUAUUUUUGGAAAUGAGCGGUCGAAGAGGUUUACGAUUAUUGUUGAGGGCGGCAAGGUGAAGAGUGUGGCUGUUGAGCCGGAUAACACGGGUACCAGUGUUAGUUUGGCGGAGAAUGUGUUGGGUAAGGCUUGA